ACCCACACCCUUUAGAAGUUAGAACCCAUUUCCCUCUCAUUACAUUUCCACUGCAUUUUCUUGUUGGGCUUUGUGAAAAACUUGUGUUCAGCUUUCCCGGAUCCUUCGUGUUGGAGGACAUAGAUAUGGAGCUCCAAUUGGAACUAGCACUUUCGUCCAGUUCGGGUAGAGGGUCCGACCCGAAUCAAGAUUGUAACCGGAGGAGAAAACGCUGUUUUGAUACAGCGUUUUUGGGUGUCAUGGAAAGUGUGGAUUCGCCGCAAACGUUGCCGUUGCUGAUAUGGGACGAGAAGCAGAGGAGCAACGGAGAAUUACAUGAGCAAAAGCGCAUUCACGACUUAGCCGCCUCCGACAGAAAUGUGGAGGAUGAUGUGUUGGUGGGUUGGCCGCCGGUGAAGUCUUGGAGGAAGCAGUUCGGCCAUCACAGCCGCCGCGUAUGCGCCACCAACUACGUCAACGUCGAGCAUGGCGGCGGCGAUGGUGGUGGGAGGGGAUUGAAUUCGAUGUACGUGAAAGUGAAAAUGGAAGGAGUUGGGAUAGGAAGGAAGGUUGAUUUAAGCAGUCAUCGCUCUUAUCAGACACUUAUUGCCAAACUCAUUGCCAUGUUUGGAAAAUGUGAGGACAAUGUGGAGACUUACAAGCUCACAUAUCAAGACAAGGAUGGUGAUUGGGUGCUUGCUGGGGAUGUACCCUGGGAAACUUUCGUCCACUCAGCGCAACGUUUGAAGUUGCAAAAGAACGGCUACUGAUUAUAAAUUGCAGGGUUUUUAUAUAGAUACAUAGAUAGAUUAUAUGUAUAAUUAAUAUAGCUACAGAGUAGCCUGCAUAUAUACACCUUUGUUUUUGUCUCUUUCAAGUGUUUAAUGUCAUGUCUAAUGAUGCUCCGACAA